GCCAGGUUAAAAACAAGGUAAAUUAAAUUGAAUAACAAAUAUAGGAAAUAAAAGGGAAACGUUUUAUAAAUUAUAAAUAAAUCAUAGGAGUAAUUAUAUUUUUAAAAGUAUUGUAAUGGGCAAACAUAAAAAACAUUCGAAAAAACACGAUUCUUCAGCAAACGAUUCGAGUGACUCAAAUACAACUCAGAAUAAUGAAAAACACGAAAACAAAUCUGUGAGCAAAAAAAAAUUGAAGCACAAAGACAGAAAGGAAAGAAGCUCCUCACGAGGCCGUGACCGUGAAAAAUCUCGUCAUUCAAAAAAAGAAAAAGAGCAAUAUAAACAUAGUUUAAGUAGUCGUAGGAAAUCGACUUCAUCUUCAUCUUCAGAUGCUAGCAAUAAAUCAUACAAAUUGUUAAAAAUGUUAGAAGAAAAACGUGUUCAGCAAGCCAUAGAUCGCAAACGGGCGAGAGAGGAUAUGAAAGCGAAGGAAACACCAGAAGAAAAACGAGCAAGGCGUUUACGUGAAAAGCAAAUGAAAGAAGCAAAACGUAGAGAACGUAUGGGAUGGGAUAAUGAAUAUCAACAUUAUACUAACCAAGAUAAUCCAUUUGGUGAUGCUCAUUUAACGUCAACUUUUGUAUGGCAUAAAAAACUGGAAAAAGAAGGUCUCGACAAUGUAGCUCCUGAAGCAGUGGAAGCUUUAAAUCGGAGGAAACAAUUGGAAAAUAGAUUAGAAUUAGAAAAAGUAAAGAAACGUAGAAUUGAAAGAGAAUUAGAAAGACAAAAGAGGGAAGAAGAACUGAUACUGCAGCAAAGAACAAAAGAAGCGGCACAAUUUGAAGAAUGGGAGCGUCAAGAGGAUCAGUUUCAUCUUGAACAAGCAAGGUUAAGAAGUAAAAUUCGCAUUCAGGACGGUAGAGCAAAACCAAUCGAUUUAUUAGCUCAAUAUAUAUCCAACUCAAAUUUGGAGGAAACAAUUGAAAUGCAAAUGCACGAGCCUUAUACUUUUCUGAAUGGACUUGGUGUUUCGGAUUUGGAAGAUUUGUUAGUUGACAUAAGAGUAUAUAUUGAGCUGGAAAAGGGAAAAAACUCUGAAUUUUGGGAAGAUAUGACUACAAUUGUGGAAGAUGAAUUACAAAAAUUAAAAAAAUUAGAGUUAGGAGGAGAAUAUCACGCUAAAGUAGGAAGACGUGAAGGAAUUCAUCAAAGUGUUGCUAAAGAUGUUGCAAACAUAUUUCGCGGAAAAACUACCAAUCAACUUGAGGAACUUAAAAAGAAGAUAGAAGCAAAAAUUUCAGGCAAAGCUGAAGGUGUUGACAUAAGUUAUUGGGAGAGUCUACUAUCACAAUUAAAAGCACAUAUGGCCAGAGCCCGACUAAAAGAUAAACACCAAGAAAACCUAAAACAAAAAUUGGAAUUAUUGAAAAGUGGAGACAGUGUACUUGAUAACCAACCAUCCGAUCAAAUUUCUAAUAUUUGCAUUAAAACAGAAAAUAUUGAUGACGCUGAUGAUUCAAGCCAACAUAGUAGAGGAAUAAGUGGCAAUUCGGAAAUAGGUAAUCAUGGUAAAUCUGAGGAAGAGAACGCUCAAGAUAUAUUAGAGUCCUGUUUCCAAACAUAUGAUGAAGGAAGUUACAGUCCCAAAUACUUGACUAAAUCCGAAAUAGAUGAUAAUAUUCAAAUUAUGACUGAAGAACAAGAUGAAAAAAAUUUGGAAAAAUUAAGAUACCGUUUGAUCAAAGCUGAUGAAGAAGAGCAAGAGUAUACUAAAGAAGAACUUCUUUUACAAAGGGAAGCCAGAAAAGGAAUGAAUGACGACGAAGUUGAGUUUUCCGUUGAAACGGAAUUAGAUUCCCAAGUUUACCUUUGGUCUGAUAAAUACAGGCCAAGAAAGCCAAGAUAUUUUAACAGAGUUCACACAGGUUUUGAAUGGAACAAAUAUAAUCAAACUCAUUAUGAUAUGGAUAACCCACCACCAAAAAUUGUACAAGGAUACAAGUUUAAUAUUUUCUAUCCAGAUUUAAUUGAAAAAAACUCUACACCACAAUAUUUUUUGACACCUUGUGCUGAUAAUAAAGAUUUUGCCGUUUUAAGAUUUCAUGCUGGGCCACCAUACGAAGAUAUUGCCUUUAAAAUAGUCAAUCGAGAAUGGGAAUUCAGUUACAAAAGAGGAUUUCGAUGUCAGUUUCACAAUAAUAUUUUUCAGUUAUGGUUCCACUUCAAGAGAUAUCGUUACAGAAGAUAAAAAUGUUUAUUAUUAUUAGAAUUUUUAUACACAUGCAUAUAUUUAUAUUAGUAUUUUAAUUUCGUAGUUAUGGCAAGAAAAUGUUAGGUUUUAGGUAAAAAAACAUUUAGAAUAUUCGUGAAUUAAAAUUACAAAUAAAAUACA